GGUCCGGCGACACGGCUGCGGCUCCGUCCGCGUCACGGUUGCGGCGGUAGGGUUCGGGCGGGCCAGGGUGACCAUGUAAAGAGACCCGGCGUGCCGGCAGGCGCGGCGCUUCCGUGAUCUUUUUCGGGGACCAGCGACAAGCGACGGCGGUCCGGAUUCUCGCGCGAGCGCGGCGAUUGCUGGUGAUUGCGUACCGGUACGUUGUGUCGCGUCCGCACCAGCUGCACCUUUUGCACGCGCGAAUCGAAGCCCCCGCGCUUCUCCGCGCGUCGGUAUCGUGUAUUUCGUGCACACACACAUAUAUAUAUAUAUACACACACGCACGCGCGGUAUUCACGCCCAUACGUACAUUCACACACACAUCCAUAUGCAAACGUACAUAUAUGCAUUCGUGUAUACAUAGGCACGCGUGUACACGUAUAUACGCGGACACGAGCGCACGAGCGACGGAGCACGAGAGACGUUUCCCGACUUGGCGAAUGGGCGUACCGCGUUACCGCGAAAUGCGUCUCGAUUGAGCGGACCGUGACUCCGUUCGCGAUCGCGACCGCGAUUCCCAGUGGGAACGGCGAUAACGGUGACAAGUGCGCCGCGGAGGAGCACAGGACCGGGAGAAAGAGAGAGAGAGAGAGAGAGAGAGAGAGAGUGUGACAACAGCGCAGCGGGAGCGGGACGAAGCGAGAGGGGAUGGAGAACGCCAUGCAGCCGCUACUUCCACCGCCACCCCCACCCGCUCACGGCACGAGCAGCAGCGGCACGGAGCAAACGAUCACCCACGAGUUGACAUUCGAGCAAGAGAUACAAAGUGAUAGAGGCGUUUGACGCAUGCUUGGAUAUGCAGGACGAUAAGUGGUCAAUAAGCUGAGUCACCGUCUGGGAUUUCCUGAAAGAUAACUACGGGACAUCGGCCCUAAUCGAGGAUCGACAUUGUUGUUGCACGGCAGUCACUGCAGGAUCAGCAUACGGAAAUAUCAGUCGCUUAUGUCGAUCGCUAGCUCAGCGUUUCUCAUUUCGUCCUCAUCACUUUUUCACUUGUGACUACAUUGCACGCGCCGCGACAGUGGCGUAGACAGCGAACAACGGAUCCCGGAUCAAUGGGAGAGGAAGAAAAAAUCAUGGAGCGCGAGGCUCUCCCGAGCGCGGCAAAAAAGCCGGAAAAUAAGGACAGCGGCUGUUUCGUCAGCCACGAGGACAGUUGCGAUUUCUUCAACGACAGCAUUGACUGUGGCAAUAGCACUGACGACGAUCAGCUGAUCAUUGAUGAGGAUGCGGAACCACCACGCACGCCAGAGAAGCAAGAUCCGGCCUGCUGCGACCUAGUCGAUGCCAUAUCCGACCUCGACGUCGGCCAAUCCGUCGAGGUCUGCGACCAACCGGAUGAGGAGGAGAUAGUUACAGUAAAUCUGACGGACAGCGUAAGCCAGAAAGUGGAUAUGACACACUUCGACCUGCUGAAAGUCCUUGGCACUGGAGCUUAUGGUAAGGUCUUCCUGGUACGAAAGAAAACGGGUUCCGACGCGAGUCGACUCUAUGCCAUGAAGGUGCUGAAGAAAGCCUACAUUGUGCAGAGGAAGAAAACGACGGAGCAUACGAAGACUGAACGACAAGUUCUCGAGGCCAUCAGGGACAGCCCCUUCUUGAUAACCCUGCAUUAUGCGUUUCAGACUGACCAGAAACUUUGCUUAAUCUUAGACUAUGUCUGCGGUGGCGAGAUGUUUACGCAUCUGUUUCAGCACGACUAUUUCACCGAAGAUGAAUCACGAAUUUACGUCGGUGAAAUUAUUUUAGCAUUGGAACGCCUUCACGAUCUUGGUAUAAUCUAUCGAGACAUCAAAUUGGAAAACAUAUUGGUGGACCGAGAUGGACAUCUUGUACUGACAGACUUUGGUCUCAGCAAGGAGUUCCUACCCCACGAAAGAGACGGUGAUGCGCGUGCUUACUCGUUUUGCGGAACCAUCGAGUACAUGGCACCGGAAGUGGUACGAGGGGGUUCAGCCGGUCACACUUUCGCUGUCGAUUGGUGGAGCGUGGGCGUGCUGACGUUCGAAUUAGUGACCGGUUCGUCGCCAUUCACGAUUGAUGGCGAAAAGAAUCUGCAGCCGGAUGUCUCGAGGCGGAUAUUGAAGUUGGAACCAACGAUUCCGAGCCAUCUCAGCCCCGCGGUGCGUGAUUUCAUCUUUCGUCUACUUGUCAAGGACCCACGACAAAGACUGGGCAGUGGACCGGGCGAUGCCAGGGAACUUAAAGAGCAUCCCUUCUUCAUGGACGCGGCGCCGGCUUUUACUUGGGAGGCUCUAGAGAAGAAACAGAUCAGGCCGCCAUUUGUUCCCUUCAUUGCGCACGAGUUAGACACCAGCAAUUUCUCGGACGAAUUCACGAAAAUGACCGUCGCCGACAGCCCGGCGAUCGUCCCGCCGAAUCAUGACAAACUCUUCAGGGGUUAUUCAUACGUGGCACCUUCGAUACUGUUCACUGACAACGCGGUGAGCCGCGACAUUUUCGGACACGAGAUGGAUGCCAAUCAGCAAUCCUCAUUAUCCGAUAUGUUUGCCACUCAUUUCGUGGGGUCGACAUUCUUCCAAACGUAUCAUCUAGACCAAAUGAGCCAGUCGUUGGGUACUGGUAGUUUUUCCACUUGCUGGCGGUGCCGUCAUCGACAGACGAAGCAAGAGUAUGCCGUGAAGAUCAUCAGCCGGCGAGUGGACUGCAGUCAAGAGGAGAGUCUGCUGCGCAUUUGCCAGGGUCAUCCGAACGUGGUGAAGCUGAUAGAGGUACACCAGGACCGUGCUCACACAUUUUUCGUGAUGGAACUGCUCUCGGGUGGUGAAUUGUUGCAAAAACCGCGGCGCUACACCGAGCGAGAGGCACAGCGCGUGAUGCGGCAGCUGACGUCCGCGGUGCGGUUCAUGCACUCGCAUGGUGUAGUGCACCGCGAUCUCAAGCCGGAGAACAUCGUGUACGCGUACGAGGGUGACGACGCGCCGGUUAAGAUAGUGGACUUCGGUUUCGCGCGGCUGAAGAGCUGCGAGCCGUUGCACACGCCCUGUUUUACACUUCCAUACGCUGCGCCGGAGGUCAUCGCCAAGCGGGCCUACGACGAGAGCUGCGACAUGUGGUCGCUCGGUACCAUUCUGUACUUUAUGCUGUCCGGUAGUCCGCCUUUCGGUGUCGGCACGCCCGAUGUGGCGGCGCGCAUCGAAGCAGGCCAGAUCGAUUUUAGCGGCAGUGCUUGGCGUAGCGUGUCUUCCGCGGCGAAGCAAGUGACGAUGGAUCUGCUGACGCUUGAUCCCAACAAGCGGCUCACCGCGGCCGCCCUGGCGAAUCAUCCAUGGCUGGCACGAAACAUCAGUGACGUGCUUACACCUGCCUUCGACGUGACCCAGCCGGAUCAUGCGAUUGCCAGCACAUCAACGAUGACGUUCGCGCGCGCGAAUGAAGGCUUCCAGUUGCGAGCGGUCGACACCGCCAAGCUGGCUCAACGCCGCAAGCACAAACGUUCCACUUCUCACAGUUCAUUGUCCUCUACAGCGUCGAGGCCGUCCUCCUCCUCCUCGAGUCCGUUAUCGGUUCAAUUACUGCGACCACCCAGCACCACGACAAGUAACGCGACCACUUCUGCCUCGCCGGCUCGACCACCGAGUGUUUUCGACUUCAGCGAGGAGAAAGUCAACGAGUACCUGAGUUCCCUGUCUUCUUCUUCCGAUUCUAACUCCCCGAGGUUCUCGCAGCGGCAAGAGAAGCACCGACAGGAGAAGCAACGGCAGGAUAGGCUUGUCGCCGAAACUCUGAAACGGAGCGCGAAGCGGCGCAAACGCGAUGCCGAUCUCGCGUCCUCGGCUCAGCAGGAGAGCUCGACGAAGCGAGAGCGACGCGACGUCGAGAGCAGCAACAGCAGUAGUAGCGGACCGAUGACGCGAUCGCGGAAACGCAAACUCGAGCAGUUGGCCAGCGGUUCCGAGAGCUCCGCAGACUCAUUUGAGUCGUCCUCGCAAGUCGCGCAGGACGAGACGAGCGUUCACAGGAAGCAUAAGGCUACUAAACGGUCACGCCUCGCCACGAUCGUAGUAGAAUAAAAUUUUCCUAUCCACGCUCGAUCCACUAGCGCUCCAACGGAUUCUCUUGUUUCCUAUGCAUUUUACACAGUAUAUAUGAACACUGCUGCCUUCGCCGUUUCUACAGGACGCGGACGACGCGGAUCAUUCCUAUUUUGCGAGAGUUUUUAGAGUAAAAUGUGUAGAUUAUACGAUUAUAAAGUGGUAUCACGUAAACUAUUGCCAUCCUGUCUUCUCUAUAUCUCCAUAUCUGUCUUCUACCUGAAUGACUAUUAUAUUCUCGUUAUUGACAUAAGUGUCCGUUUGCUAGAAAGAGAGAGGGACAUGUGCGAAACGAUGCCGUAUCACUGUGGUCAGGGUCUCAGCAAUUCACUAUCAGUGUUUCUGCGCGAGGAUUUGUGCGAGGAUAUGUACAGAGUUUUAUUUUUAUUACCGCUGUCGGAAAUGUGAAUCAUGUGAAUGGACGGAUAUGAGUAUAAGAGCAGCGUGUCACUUAGUUGCGUGCUGAACGGGGGUUGUCUGUGAUUAUAGUGUGAAGCUGCUGAUAUGUUUGUUAUAAAUUAUCAUAACGUAUUUUGUGCUCCCGUAUACGUGCGUUAUGUAUCUCUUUGAGUGUUAAAAUUUGCUUCCACGUCGCGUCACCGAUCUGCGACCGAUCGUAACGGACAGUAACGAUUGACGAACCAAGAUGAAGAAAAUUUUAACGUAUGCUUAUUAUGCAUAUAUAUGUAUGUAUAUAUGUGGUUGAACGUGCCUCAAAACUCAUUUCACUAUGAGUCAAAGACAGAGUGAAAUAGUAUAGAAAUGAUCAUGCGCAAGUUGUGAGAGUCGCAACUGUUAUUGCCAGUGGUACCUCAAGAAAAAGAAAGAAUAUAAGAAAUACGACUCGAUAAAAAUAGAAAAAAAAAGAUCAAUUAGUACGUUAAGCCUUCUUUUAGAUAGCGUUAUCAAAAGUAAUGAUACAUAUGAUAUGCAAGAAAAUUUACUUUCUUUAUUAUUUAUGCGUAUAAUUAUAAUUGAACCGUAUUCUAUGAUUUUUAUGGAUUUUACGAGGAUCUUCGUGAUAGAAGAUGACUAGAUGACGAUAUUUAAGAUUAUUAGGUAAUAAGUUAAAUCUUACUUAUUAGGUAAAAACAAAAGUAAGAUCGUGCGAGACGAAAAUUUCUAUUCAGUAUUCAACGUUUCUCGUAGGAAACCUCGUCACACCUUGAUGUAUUCGCGUAGUAUUUGAGAUGGAAUGUCUGAAACGAUGGAAACAGACGAAUCAUGAUGGAGCAUGUCACGAGUGCCACGAGAGAGCGUUACUAGAUUUAAUUAGACCGAAUUACUAAUUUCAAUCGAUUUAUUAUAAAUUUUCUGACCGAUGUAAUUCCUAACGGUUUGUUUAACCUGGUAUAUCUAAUUAAUGAUUUGUGUGCGUAAAGUAGUGUGAAUUGUUUCGUCCGUGCUCAUUUUUGUUCACAUUUUGUUUUGUAUACACAUAGCUUACAAUUCUUCUACAAUCGAGAUAUCUAAAAUGUAAAAAAAAACGCGAGAAAAGGGAGGCAGAAGAAGAGAAAGAAGAAAGAAUCUUUUUUUCUUCCAAUUUUUGUAUGAAGCACGUUGUGUUUUAUUCGCGACAAUGAUACUUGAAAUCUCUUCUAUUCUCUUCUCUUCUCUCUAGAUACUAUUGUGUUUGCCUUUAGCGAGAUGAUUGUCUUACCCGAUGUAAUCGCUGCGAGAGGUGAAAUAACAAAAUGGCAAAGACUGAAUUGUGGUUGUAUACCAACUCAGGGAACAGACGCACGUUAAUUGAGUAAUGUCUUGUGUUGUCUUGUACGAGAUAGGGUAAUGCGAAAAAAGCAUGCGUAUAUGCUUCUACCAAAGAUGACUGAAGCAACACUGCUCUGUAAGACCAAAAAAAAAAGUAUGGUAUCUAUGUACAUACAUGAAAUAUCGAAUUUCUCAUGUAUAUCGAUUAUUGUACAUAUAAUGUCUCUCAGACUUCGCGCAUCAUCUAUAAUAAUAGUAUUUAAUAUCUGUUAACACACUUUGUUAAUAGCAAAUUGUUGAGAUCAUUUGAAAGUAAAAGCUCUAAUACCAAAAAUAAAAAUCGAAGAAGGCGAUUUUUAUAUUAGAAGAAUAUCAAGGGCAAUCAGAUUAUUUAAAAACUCGCGUGCAAUAUCAUAGUAAGUACCAUAAUAAGGAUCCUUUGGUACUCUACUGUACAGCAAUUUAUUAAUUGAUAUUGAUUUGAAUUCGUGUAUCAUGUUAACAUUAUUCGUUUAUGAUACUCUUUAUUUAUAAUUUAAAUUUAACUUUGAAUCAUUGAAUUGAGUUAAAAAUAAUUAUUAAUAAUUCUAAUCAUUCUAAAUAAUAUAAAUGACUUAUAUUUAAAAUUGCUACAAUCUCGACAUUGUGAUAUUAGAAUUUUCAAAUCUGAGUGAUUUUGAAAAAUUGUUAUUAAUGGAUGGUGUGCGAGGUCCGGAAGAUUUAAAGCGAAAAAGGCAAAUGUAACAAGAUAUAUAUACUUAUACAUACAUACAUAUAUUUAAUAUAAGAUUUCGCUAUAAAUAUAGAGAGUCAUAUUCUUUAUUAAGAAGAUAUACAUAUAUGUAUACACACACGUUAUAUAUAUAUACAUAUAAAUUUCUAUCUAGGAUCAUUGUAAAAGUCAUUGAAAAACGAAAUCUUAUAAGUUACAUCAGUUGCCUGGGAUAGAACAAAUAGAUUUUUUCUAGUGAUAUAUCACUUGUUACGUUACGAACGUUCCCUUGAAGUUCAAAGGCGAUUUAUAUAUAAGUGGAAAUAUAUAUAAAGAGUUGCACACAUGCACGCAUUAUGUGUGUGCUGUGUGUGUGAUUGAAGCUUGUACCAUACGAGAGUGUUGUUCCAUUGCUAUAAGUACGUAAAAGAGACACCUACCUUUGUUACCACUGGUUGUUAAAUAUAUAUUGUAAUGCAAUAUUUAUUUAUAUAA